AUGCGGAUACGUUUGCCCUUUGCAGGCGUCUUCUUCGCCCUCCUCCUCGUCGCAGGCUAUGCAGGCCUGACAACCCUCCAACUAGGCCAAUACGUAAACGACAAAGUCCUCCACUUUGCAACCUUCUUCCUCCUCACCCUCGUCUUCUACUGGAUCCUCGACACCAACCGCCGUCGCACCCUCAACCUCACCCUGACCGUCUGCACCUUCAUCCUCGGCGUCGGCUCCGAGUUCCUCCAGGGCUUCCUCCCCAACGGCCGCGAAUUCGACUUCUACGACAUUGUCGCCAACGUCGUUGGAUCUCUUGCGAGCGUGGGACUGUGCUCGUGGUACCACAAGCGCAUGCUGGAGCGCAAGCGCCGGACAAAGACGUAUCAGGCUGUUCCGGGGGAGGAUGAGGAGGAUGUGGAGUUGGGAGAGGGACAUGAGACUGGUGUUGUUGAGGCCAGUGGUGCGAGGGACGGUGGUGCUGGUGUUGCUGCCAGUGGAGGGAGGUCGCUUGAGGAGGAAGUGGAUAACUGGGAUGAGAACCAGGUGGAUGAUUGGGAGGAGGAAGAUGGCGAUGGCGAUAUUGGCGGAGUCAAGAGCAAGGAUAUGGAUACGGGAGAUAUUGGCGAUACCAAGAAGCGGGCUGAUUAA